AUGACAUCAAAUUAUAAAUCUUACAAUGUUCUUGAUUAUAAUUUAAGGUUUAUCCAAGAUGAAAAAAGGAAUAGGGAAAGAGAAAGAGCAGAUAAUAAGAACAAGGAAAACAUAUCCUUGAGUAUAAAAUCAGAUAUGGGAAACAAAAUAUAUUUAUUAGAGACAAAUGCAAAAAGUCGAAAAGAUGAAAAGGAUGCGAAAUAUAAGAAUAUAAGUUUAUCAAAUUAUAUGAAAGAUAAAACUUAUGUUGAUAAAAAUGUGGGUGUAAAAGAUGAUAUGUCAAAUUUAAGCUCAAUAAAACAUAAUAUAGAAAUAAAUAGAAAUAGAAAUAAUAAUAGAAAUAAUAAUAGUAAUAAUAAUAGUAAUAGUAAUAGUAAUAAUAAUAGUAAUAGUAAUAAUAAUAGUAAUAGUAAUAAUAAUAGUAAUAGUUUUAUUAUGGAAGAAAAGGAAAAAACUAAUAAUAGAACGAUUAUGUUUUUAAACCAUAAGAGAAAAUAUGACCCAGAUUAUAAUACCUCAGAUGAAAAGAAUAUAAAGAGAAAAAAAAUAAAUGAUAUUAUUAAUAAAUAUAAAAAAAAAAUGAUAAUUCCUUCAAAUGAUGAAAAAUAUAGUAAUAAAGGAUCAUUUAAUAUUUCAGAUGAUGAUGAGAUGGAUAAUAAAAGUAGUAAUUAUAAUAUAAGUGGUAAAAAUUAUUCUACAGAAAAUAAUGAUAACAAAAAUAAUUUUCAUAUAAGAUCUUUAGAAAAAAUGGAUAAGAUAAAUAAUGAGAUGAAAGAAUACUCAACUAAAGACACCAUUCAUCUUAGAAGGGUAGAAUCCAUAUCACAUGGAUCAAAAGAAAAUAAUAAUAUUGAUACAUUAAAAUGUGAUAAUUUAAUAAGCAAUAAAAAUUCCAACCUCGUAAAUUUUGAUAGGAAUAAAAGAAAAGAAAAUUUCAUGUUCUUACACAAUUAUAUGAAAAAAAAGGAGAAUGAAAAUAAGACAAAUAUUAAUUCAUAUGAUAUAGAAAAUAUACAUGAUGAAAAAAAGGAUAAAAAUGAAAUACUUAAUAAUUUAGAUAUAAAUUCGUAUAAAGAAGAGAAAUGUUUAAGUUAUAAUAAUAUGAAGGAAAAUGACUUCAAUAAAAUUGGCAUAUCUAAACAACCAAAUGUAGAUUCUAAGGAGCAUAAGUAUAAUAAAUAUGAAAAAGAUCAUAAUAUAUAUAAUAAUGAUCUUAGUGAUGAUGGAAAAUGUAUAGAUCGUACUAAUGUAUAUGAUAAUAAUUCAAGUUCUCAUAAUGUAAGUUUAAGUAAUUUAUUUAAUGAAAGCAAUUUCAUGUUAGACGAAAAAAAAAUUAGAGAUAAAUUUAAACAAGUCAAAUUAAUUGAAAAAUCACUUGAAAGAAAUAAUUCGGAAAUAUAUGAAAAUGAAUUAAAAGAAGGUGAGACUCAUAAAAAGGAUGAAUUAAAUAAAUUGGUAUUGGAUAUGACAAUAAAAGAUAUUAAUGAAAAAAAAAAUAAAGUAAUAUCAUAUCAUAAAGACUAUUUAGAGAAUUAUGAAACAAAAUCUAUAAGCAGUGAAAAUAUUGAUAUAGAACCAACGAAUAGAUCAUUUUUAGUUGAUGGGAAUAAUACAAAGGAUAUGACUCAUAUAAAUGAAAAUAAUGAUAGGGAUAAAAAUAAUGACAAUAUUAAUAAUAAUAAUAAUAAUAAUGAUAAUAUUAUUAAUAAUGAUAAUAUUAUUAAUAAUGAUAAUAUUAUUAAUAAUGGUAAUAUUAUUAAUAAUGGUAAUAUUAUUAAUAAUGAUAAUAUUGUUCAUAAUGUAAAAGAAUCAAAUGAAGAUAUUUUUUAUAAGGCUAAUAAAUUAUCUGAAAAAAUAGACAACAUUGUACAAAAUAUUAGAAAUAUCAAAAAAAUAAAAAAGUCAAAUUCUGGAAAUUAUAAUAUUGAUGCCAACCUUUCAGAUGAUAUAUCUAAUGAUGAGGCAAACCUGAAAAAUGUUACAAAUUCUAUAGAUUAUACGAAAUUAUAUUAUGAUGAUGAUAAAGGAGAGAAUACAAAAAAUACUUUUAAGAAAAGUACAUAUGAUAAAAAUAAAAAAUUAUUGAUCGAAAAUGAUACAAAAUUAAUGAUACAUGGAAAUAAUAAUCAAAAAGAGAGUAUAAGAAAUGAUGAGAAAUAUCUUUUGAAUGGUAUAAAUAAUAGUACAAAAGAUUUAGAUAAUAAAAGAUCAAACGUUGACAUAGAAGGUAAUAAUAAUGAUACAACAUUUUAUGAUGCUACGGAAUAUUCUAUACGUAAUGAUAAAGAACAAUACAAUAAAAAUGUAGAAGAAGAUCAUGUAAUUAUGGGAGUUCAAUCAAAUAAAAAUAAUAUUCAAACAAAUUACUCUUUAUCUAAUAAUAAAAAUAAUAUAAAUAAAGAUAGAUGGAAUCAUUUAAAAGAAAAAUAUUUCGACAUGAUGAAACCAGGUCUUGUAGAUAAUAUUAUAAAUAUUAAAGAUAAUGAACUUAUAUUACAGAAAAAUGAAAAAAAAAAAAAAGAUAUUUUUAAUAAAUCACAUGGAAACAAAAAGGUAGAACCAUUAAAAGGUUUUAAUAAUAAAAAUCUUAAGGAUACAAAUAUUUUAAAAAAUAAAAUAAAUGAUGAUAUCCAUGAAGAUAUUAAAAGUGUUAAUAUUGGAAAUGAAAUAGAUGAAAAUAGGAAAAUAAAAAAAAAGGAAAAUAUAUUAAAUAGUAUAAAUCAAGAAAAAGAUAUUGGAAAUAAAAAUAUUAUUAAUAAAAUGUCACAUUCAAAAAAAAACCUUUUAUCAAAAAGUUAUGCAGAAAAACCUCAUGUAUAUAAUAUGAAAGAAAAAAAGAAAAAUAAUAUUAAUGUGAACAAAUGUAAGGAAAAAAAUCCUUUAUUCUAUUCUGUUGAUUUCUCAAACCAAAAAAAAAAUGAUAUAGAUAAGCGAAUGUGUGAUGAUUUAUUAUCUCCAGGUAUUGAUGAUUCGAUUGAAAGAAAAAUAAUAUAUGAAAAUAUAAUAAAAUUUUCCAAAAGAAAUGUAAAUAAUGAACAUGAAUUAGUAGAUAAAUAUUCAGAUGAAAAAAAAAAAAAAGAAAAAUCCAAUGAACGACUAAAAGAAGAAUUGGAUAUGAUUAAAAAUUAUUAUAGUGAAGAGAAAUUAAAAAGGGAGGAGGAAUAUAAACUGAGAAAUGAAAUUCAACAAAAGAGAAAAUUGUAUGAAUUAAAAAUUCGAAAAGAUUUUGAGGAAAAAAUAAGGCUUCGAAGGGAGGAAAAUGAAAAAAGACUAAACGAAGAAAAAAUAAAUAAAAUACAACAAGAUAAUGGGAAAAAGGAAUUACCAAAUGGUAUAUCAGAUGGUAAACCGAAUGAUAUGUCAAGUAAAGAAAAGGAGAAGAAGCAUAUUACUUAUAAUAAUGAAAAAAAAAAUUAUGAUAAUAUUGAAAAAAAUUAUGAUAAUAAUGAAAAAAAAAAUUAUGAUAAUAUUGAAAAAAAUUAUGAUAAUAUUGAAAAAUAUUAUGAUAAUAAUGAUGGUAAUAAUAAUAAUUAUUAUUAUUAUUAUGAUGAAGUAAGAAACGAAACUUAUAAAAACAAUAAAAAAAAGAAAAGAAAAAACAUAUUUGAAGAUUAUUCAAGUGAUGGAAGUUAUUAUAAAUAUAUGUAUCGUAAUUUAUAUGAAGAAACGUGUAACAAUAAAAUGAAAAAUCAUUUUUUUGAUAUAAGUGAUAAUUUAUAUUUACAGGAAUGUUCUGAUAACUUCUUUCAUAAUAAUAAAAUCCCCUCUUUUUCUAUUUAUAAAUCACCUUCACAUAGUUUUGAUAACGAAUUAAUAUCAUUAAGUAAAAUAAAAUUUGAUGAUUUUGAUUACAAUUAUUUAAAUGAACUCCACAAAUCUGUAUCUAAGACAAAAGAGAGAAAAAGGAGUAAUUAUUCUGAUUUUAGUGAAGAUGAGAAAAAGUUAAAAAAUUGCAACCUAGUUAAACCUAGGGUUAUUUUAACAAAUAGUGAAAAGAGUUAUGAACAAAAAUGUGUUGAACACUCCGAAAGGGACAGGGCAAUGAAUGGGGAAUAUGAAAAAGGCGAUAUAUAUAAAAAGAGUGAUAUAUAUAAAAAUAGUGAUAUAUAUAAAAAUAGUGAUAUAUAUAAAAAUAGUGAUGUAUAUAAAAAUAGUGAUGUAUAUAAAAAUAGUGAUAUAUAUAAAAAUAGUGAUGUAUAUAAAAAUAGUGAUGUAUAUAAAAAUAGUGAUAUAUAUAAAAAUAGUGAUAUAUAUAAAAAUAGUGAUAUGUGUGUAGAGAAUAAUGUACACCAAAAGAAUGAUAUAAACGAAGAUAAUAAUGUACACCAAAAGAAUGAUAUAAACGAAGAUAAUAAUAUACACCAAAAGAAUGAUAUAAACGAAGACAAUAAUGUACACCAAAAGAAUGAUAUAAACGAAGAUAAUAAUAUACACCAAAAGAAUUUUAUAUACAAAAGAGAUGAUUCUAAUAAAAAAGGAGAUAUAUAUAAAAGAAAUGGUUUUCAUGAAAAAAAUGCAGUAUUAAAAAGAAAUAUUCCAAAUAAGAACAACAGUACAGGAAAUCUUCAUAAUAAGAAUGUCUGCAAUUCACAAAAAGGAAAAAACCGAUCCCUUGAUUAUCAUCGUAGAAGUAACAGACAAAAUUUUUAUGAAUAUAAGAUGAAUAAUAACGUUGAUGAUAAUAUAUUGAAUAAAUUGUUAACUAUAAAAUAUCAAAAUAAAAUAAGAAAUGAUAGUUUAAGCAUAAAAGAGGAUAACAUUCACAAUGCUAAGGAGGGUAGUGUACAUGAAGAGAUGUGCGAAGAGGAAGAAGGUUUUGAAGAGAAAUAUUCAGAAGAUAUUGAUAUUGAGAAUGAAAACAUUUCUGUUAAACUAAAUCACAACGAUAGUGGAUAUAAUAAAAAUAAUUGUAAAGGUGUAAAAUUAAUACAAAACAAAAGUGAUUUUAAUAAUGAAAAUAUGAAUGAAUUGAAUGUAUCACCAACUCAUACCGAAAUUGAUAAAAAAGAAAAACAGAAUGUAUUGUUAAUUUCUACAAAAGAAAAAAGUAGAAUUAUAAAAGUAAAUGAAAAAGAUGAUAUAUCUCCAAUAAAACAAAUAAUACAAGAAGAGAAAAAUGAACCAAAUGAUAAUAUAAAUAUGGAUAUUAAUGAUGAUGAAGAUAAUGAGGGAAAAAAUAAAUUGAAAACAUCCAUAUCAUCUUCAGAUAAUGGAAUACCAAAAAUUAAUAUUUUAAAAAAUAAUGAAAACUAUAUACCAUUAGAUAUUGCUUUAAAUUUUGUGAUGGAUAACGAAAAGUUGAAGAAAAAUUUACAAAAGGAAGAAAAAAAAGAUAAAGGAAAGAAGAAAACCUUUGUUCAGUGGUUAAUGGAUGAAAGAAAAAGAAGAUUAAAAAAUAACUUACCCAUAGAUAUUUAA